AUACAUUUUUUUUAUUGUGUAUUCAGACUAAAACGGCGGCGCUACUACCCCACUGUGGUAGGGCCCAAUGUCGGAGCACAAAAAGGGCGCUCUAUUCAGAUACAAAUCAUGGUCUCCUGACAUUCAACGUGAAGAGGUUUGGCUCAAACGCAGGAAGAAGCACUUUCAGCGUCUCGACGCCGAACGCCGUUCAUUGAGCCAUCUCACCGCCGAACGCCUUUCAUCGAGUCUCAGCGCCGAUGAAAUCCGUCACUUGAGCCUGAGCAACACCGAUGAACCCCGUUCAUUGAGUUUCACCGCUGAUGAACGCCGUUCAUUGAGCUUCAUCGCCGAUGAACUCCGUUUGAUGAGCUUGAGCAAAGGCGAUGAACGCCGUUCAUUGAGCUUAAUCGCCGAUGAACUCCGUUCUAUGAGCCUGAGCAAAGGCGAUGAACAGCAUGAACGCCGUUCAUUUAGCCUGAGCAACGGCGAUGAACGCCGUACAUUCAGCCUCAGCGACUAUGAACGCCGUUUAUUGAGCCUCAGCGCCGAUGAACGCCGUUCAUUGAGCCUCAGCGCCGAUGAAGAUCGCCGUCAUUCAAUGAGCAUCACGAACGACGAUGUCGAUGAACUCGGUGCUUGUUUUGAAUUAGGCUUUGGAUUCGAUUCGAAUUCUGAUUUGGAUCCGAAGCUUACCAAAGCUUUUCCCGCUUUGGAGCUUUAUCAUGCUGUGAAUAAGAUAUCUCGAUCCUCUUCUUCGGUUUCAACGGUAACUUCUGACGGUGAAACUCCGUCAUCUGUUGAAACCUCUGUCUCCAUUGUUGAACCAGGUGCUGAUGAGGAGACAAUGAAACUGAAGCUGAAACAAUGGGCAAAAGUUGUGGGUCUUUCUGUGCUUCCGCCCCCUUCUAUCUCUAAAUAGAUUCAGAAUUUAAAGUUAUUAGUAAUAUUCGGUUAUUAGAAUAUUACGUAGAUGUGAAACUCUCUUGCAAGAGCGAGCAGGUUGCAAACAAGAUGUAUUAUGCAUGUUGUAUUGAUGCUCAGUUGAAUAAUAAAUGGAACUGGAUUCCUAUUUACUCCAUCUUUUUUUAAAUAAAAUUACUAGCUUAAUUCGAACACAUUAUAACUGAUACUAGUUAUAUAUUUGCAAUACCGUAUAUAAUUAAAAUUUGUUGAUGAUUAGGUCAAGUAGUAAAUUUUACUUACAGAUUAUUGUUAUUUUGCCAAUGAUCACAGGUCAGUGAUUUAGUGAUUGUACAC